CCCAACAGAUGGGCGGUGAAUAGCAAUUUUUUUUCAAAAUUUCAGUUUAAACCAAAUUUUUGUAAAGCUGUUUUAGUUUACAAGAUUUUUCUAUUUAUUUAUACAACCGAAAAUUAUUAGUUUUCAUAAUGCAGGACGUUAAUAGGCUGCGGACGAUGAUGAACCUUUGCACCGCUAGAGGGAGUGCAUCUCGGUGCACAUUGGGCAGGCGGGCGUACAGAUGGGUGUGGCGUGCUGGCAGCUGUACUGCCUGGAACACGGCAUCAGGCCUGACGGCACGCUGCCCGUGUGCGACAGCGACCCCAGCGCGGCGGAUUCCUGCUUCAACACGUUCUUCUCUGAGGCGGACCGGGGCAAGAUGGUGCCGCGCGUAGUUAUGGUGGACCUUGAGCCUACAGUUAUCGAUGAAGUCCGCAAUGGUGAAUACCGGCAACUCUACCACCCAGAACAGCUGAUCACGGGAAAAGAAGACGCGGCGAACAACUACGCUCGGGGACAUUACUCCACUGGGCGGGAGGUGCUGGGGCCGGUGAUGGAGAGGAUCAGGAAACUGGCUGACCAGUGCACUGGAUUACAGGGAUUCUUCGUGUUUCAUUCGUUUGGAGGUGGAACGGGUUCCGGCUUCACGUCGUUGCUGAUGGAGAAACUAUCUGACGAAUUUGGCAAGAAGAGCAAACUGGAAUUUGCCAUCUAUCCUGCACCUCAGGUGUCCACAGCAGUGGUGGAGCCGUACAACGCUGUGCUCACCACCCACGCCACCAUCGGCCACUCCGACUGCGCGUUCAUGGUGGACAAUGAGGCCAUCUACGACAUCUGCCGGCGGCGGCUGUCCAUCGAGCGGCCCUCGUAUGCCAAUCUCAACAGAUUGAUAUCACAAGUGGUAUCAUCGAUAACGGCGUCUCUGCGGUUCGACGGUGCCCUGAAUGUGGACCUAACGGAGUUCCAGACGAACCUGGUGCCCUAUCCCAGGAUACACUUCCCGCUGGCGGCCUACGCGCCCGUUGUGUCCGCUGACAAGGUACUUGACUUGGCGUACCACGAGGGUAUGUCGGUGUCCGAGAUCACGGCUGAGCUGUUCGAGCCGCAGAACCAGAUGGUGAAGUGCGACCCGCGCGACGGCAAGUACAUGGCGUGCUGCCUGCUGUACCGUGGCGACGUGGUGCCCAAGGACGUCAACGCUGCCAUCGCCGCCAUGAAGGGUCGCGCCGGCAUUCGCUUCGUGGACUGGUGCCCCACGGGUUUCAAGGUGGGCAUCAACUACCAGCCGCCGUCGGUGGUGGCGGGCGGCGACCUGGCGCAGGUGAAGCGCGCCGCGUCCAUGCUGAGCAACACCACGGCCAUCGCGGAGGCGUGGGGCAAGCUGGACCACAAGUUCGACCUCAUGUACGCCAAGCGGGCCUUCGUUCACUGGUACGUAGGUGAGGGCAUGGAGGAAGGUGAGUUUACGGAGGCGCGGGAAGACCUAGCCGCCCUGGAGAGAGACUACGAAGAAGUGGCCAUAGAUACGUCAGACAUUCCACCCGGCUGUGACGAUGAACUAUGAUAUUAUUUAACACAUCUAUCCGCCAUAUUGGGACACAUCGCAAGGCAAUAACUGAUCAAGGUCUUUGUCACUUGUCAUUUGGCGUGAGUCUCUUAAGUUAAACUAUUCAUCCAUCGCCACCUAGCAUUCGGGUAACGUCCAGUAUACAAGCCUGGUAGCGAAAAAAAAAUUAAACUUCUUCCUUAAGUGAUGAUGGACCAAAGAUUUAUCUAAAAUCGUUGGACAUAACUCCUCAAUGAGGCUGCAGUUUCUACUUGAACACAAGAAUCAAUAGCAGCAAGAAAACAUUUAAGUGACUUGUUGAUGUAGAAGAAACAUUAAGACUAUCACCCGAAAUUAAUGAUAGUACCCAAAAUCUUCAGUUCUUUUGUCAGGGCUUCGGAUAUCCUCAACCUAACUUUUGAAUAUUAGUGUCAUGGAUGAAGAAACUGUUUAAACAGUACAUGCAUACCAUCCACUGAAAGUACAAUAUCUCCGAAAAGUGUAAUCGUUGCCAGUCUCGCAGUGGUGUGAAACGGCUUUCAAGUUUGUGUCCCGCGAGCGUCCAAUCACAACUCUUGCUCUAACGUUCGCUGGUUGUGAUUGGUUGAACGCUCACGUAACAAUGAUCGCCACGGCUUGGCCUUGCCUUGAAGCUGCUGGGGAGCGUUGCGGCCAAAGCGGACGCCCCAAAACCGCGGCCGCAUGUUUAUAAUAUUGAUUAUGGCAGAUUUGCGAAAAAUUUUAAAGGUUCGAAAAUGUCCGCUAAGGUCGUACGACGCUCGACUUGCCAUCGAAGUGCCCAAUCCUGUGGAUGCAUUUCCAUAGAACAGAGACGAAUAGUAGUAGAGCUGAGCUGAGCUGACGUGGCAGAAUUAAUUCGGGAUUCAAUUCUGCAAGUCUCUGUUUCAGUUAAAACGCUUCCAUAAGUGGGAAACUUAUUGUUGACACCCCAACGCGACACAAAUAUUUAGAACAAAGCACAUCUUAGGAAGUAGAUACAAUACUUCAGGGACAUAAGGUUUUUCGGUUUUAUCGACGAGUGUGCCAUCAUAUGCUACACUUGCAAAACGUAAGCACGCGUUAUAUUCAUUGAAUUUCGAUAAUGUCUCGUGUCGUCUUGAAUCUUUGGUUACUUAAAUUCUUUUCUUCCUAAAUACUGUUUUGGGACUUUAUGAAAGUUUUACUAUUCUGCAAUGCUAUCUUACUGAAGGUAUUACUCUUUAUAAUACCUUCAAUAGAUGAAGGUAUUAUAAAGAGUAGAGUAAAGUAUUAUAUACAGUGCAUCCUGGAUAAAUUUAUCGACGGGUUGCAUAAAACUAAUUUAAACCACAUUAAAGUUGCAUAGCUCGAGAAUGGUUUGAUAAUCUUUUAAUCACUAAAUACUCAUAUAUGCUGAUGAUGAUUUUCUGGAGAUAUCUCACUAGCUCGUGAAAACACGCACGGUGAGAAUCUUAUUGAAAGCACGUUACCGCAUGGUGACGUUUUGAGUGUUACAGAAUACGCCACUGAGGUGCAAGUUCCCUCCACGAUAUAUUUUACCAGUUUGCGAUGUAUUGCGUAUGGCGAUGAAUUAUUGUAAGUGUAAUUGUUUGUCCGCGUCUGUGUUUUAGAAACGUUUUAAAAGUUUUGCAGUGUUCCUUUGUUAUGUUAAAUAAACAUUUACAGAAUCUUA